AUGGCGCAUCGAUUCCUUGACCGAUUUUCAAACGCUACCGAUCGUGGCAAGGAAAAGAAUAAAAACGAAGAACAUGGCUUGUCUGAUUUUCUGUCUGACUCCCAACGUGGGGACUUGAUGGUACUUAUCUCCGUUGUCUUGGAGCAUAUGCGAAAAACAAUAUUGGAAAGCUUCGAAGGGCUCCCUGUCUCCAAGGAAUGGUCACCAGUGCCAGAAAAUCGAGAUACACCAGGCUCGAACAAAUGCGGUGAUGGUGCCAUAUCAGAUAAAACCGAAGAAACCAUACAAAAUGCGGUUGGUUUGGAUCCCAAGUCGAGAUCAGAAGCCCUUGCGUACUUUGACGAAUGGCAGAACUCGGUUGUAAAUGAGCGCGAGUCCAAAGAUGGUCAGGUUCAAGUCGACAAAUUCCCUAAAGACCCCGCAGAACCGGAACAAAAGAAUCCAAAUCGGUUACAGCAAGUAUAUCGACCACUUGAUACUCCGCUUCGAGACUCACCCAGGGCACAAAGAUUACUUAUCCUUCGGUCUCUAUUACUUCUACUAUUGGGGCUAGAGCAUUACAAUGCAUACUCGCGCGUACUUUUAUUGCACAUUACAUCCUCAUUAGACCUACAGCUCAGUGAUCUAAACGAAAAUGAAGCGAAGAUAGCACGCGGACUCCUCGACGCUGCAGUAGCAAUGACAGCAGACGAAGAAGCUAAGAAGAAAGCAGCAGAAAACCAGAAUCUUCGAAAAUGGAAAGUCGGAAUUGCGACAGUAGCUGGGGCGGCCCUUAUAGGGAUUACCGGCGGUCUUGCUGCGCCUUUGGUGGCAGCUGGACUUGGUACUGUAAUGGGUGGACUAGGACUCGGUGGAACCAUUGCUGCUUCUUAUCUGGGAGCACUCGCCAGUAGUGGAGUGGUGGUGGGUGGUCUGUUUGGAGCGUACGGCGGAAAGAUGACUGGCAAGAUGAUGGAUAGAUAUGCCCGUGAAGUCGAAGACUUUGCCUUCGUUCCUAUACGAGGGAAAUUAGCAAAGAAAUUGAAUGAUGAAAAAGAAGCCGCAAAGGAAGAUCAUCGCUUGAGGGUAACGAUCGGUAUCACUGGGUGGGUGACUGAAGAGGAUAACAUCGUUGUACCAUGGCGAGUCAUUGGUCCCGAAUCGGAAGUCUUUGCUCUCCGAUGGGAGUAUGAGGCCUUACUAAAUUUAGGAAACUCAAUGCGCGCAUUGGUCACCACAGCAGCAUGGAAGUUUGCAAGUCAUCAAGUUCUCAUCCGGACCGUGUUUGCAGGCCUCAUGAGCGCAGUUUUACUUCCUUUCGGUCUCAUGCGACUCGCCAAGAUAGCUGCAAACCCGUUUAACGUCGCCAUCUCCCGAGCCGAUAAAGCCGGGGAAGUUUUGGCAGACGCACUCAUCAAUGGCGCACAAGGGAAACGUCCCGUGACUCUAGUCGGAUACUCACUCGGCUCUCGUGUGAUAUACUCCUGUCUACGAAAUCUGGCCCAAAGACGGGCCUACGGUCUCAUCGACUCAGCCAUCUUUAUGGGCUCACCCAUCCCCGCCGAUGCAGCAGAAUGGCAUUCCAUGCGCGCCGUCGUGGCCGGUCGUCUCGUUAACAUCUAUUCCAAAAACGACUCUGUCCUCGCCCUCCUCUACCGCGCCACACACCUCGAGGUCGACAUCUCCGGUCUCCAACCCGUCAGGGGCGUUCCCAAUCUCGAAAACAUGGACGCCAGCGAUACCGUAUCAGGUCAUUUACGCUAUCAAUUCCUAGUCGGCCAGGUAUUAACAGAUAUCGGCUUUGAGGAGGUAGAUGCAUCCGAGCUCGAGAAGGAGAAAGCCGCUUUGUCCAAGCAGGAUGAACAGAUUGAGCGAGAACAGGAGGAGAAUGAGCGACGGAAGCCAGUGGGUGCAACAAUAACAACAUCGGCGACGGCGCAAGUAAGAAGGAAACCUGUGCUUCCGCCUCGGCCGCAAGCGCAGACUGAUUCUGAAGCGGUGAAGGAUGCUGGUACUACCGAUCAGACAAAAGAUGAUACGGGAGCAGUCAAUAAAUCCAUACGCAGGAAAGAGGUACCUCCUACUACUACUACGGCGAACAACAACAAGGACAGCGAAGAUGAAAGCAAUGAAGAUGAACUCAAUUACAUAACAAUGAUAGACGAAGAGGAGGAGGAACGUCUCCAACAAGAAAUUGAGCAACGGACACGAGAAGAAAUGAUCACUUGGAAGACGAGGCAGAUGCGUGUUGGUCGGGAUGAGUGAAUCACUAACUAUAUAUGCUUAUAUAGAAAAAGAAAGGACAUAGGUCCAUGGGGAAUUUGACUGUGUUAGUAUACAAACCGUUCAAUCCAUGAAUGAUGAAUGUACCAUGAUUGGAUAUUUGUACAGACUACCUAAAAUAUGAUAACUACCUACACGAAACUGCCUAAAGAAAGUCCCAUUCCGUC